AUGGCUGACCAACUGACCGAAGAGCAGAUUGCAGAGUUCAAGGAGGCCUUCUCUCUGUUUGAUAAGGACGGUGAUGGAACUAUCACUACCAAGGAGCUUGGCACCGUGAUGCGAUCUUUGGGCCAGAACCCCACGGAAGCCGAGCUUCAGGAUAUGAUCAACGAGGUUGACGCUGACGGCAACGGAACAAUUGACUUCCCCGAGUUCUUAUCUUUGAUGGCUCGCAAGAUGAAGGACACUGACACUGAAGAGGAACUGAUUGAGGCCUUCAAGGUCUUCGAUCGCGAUGGCAACGGCUUCAUCAGUGCUGCAGAGUUGCGCCACGUGAUGACCAACCUUGGAGAGAAGCUCCGACCAGGCUUUCAGGCUUUGAGGCCAGCCGCCUGUGUGGCGGCCUUUCUGAGCAUCAAGAGCCCCUUCCAGCAGUCCGUGAACGAGUCCGCGGACAAGGACAAGGUGACGGGCAAGGACUACUUCAACAAGGGCUUCGCAUCAGACCACCUCACCAUGAUCCAGGCCUACGUGGAGUGGCGCCGUGAGGCCUUGCGGGGCCGGGGCGAUGACUUCUGCGACGAGCAGGGCUUGAGUCCCGAGACCCUGGACAUGGCUUUCAUGUGCUGCUGGCUUGUCGGCACCUGUGGGCCGUCGAAAGCUGGGGAUGCUCAGUUUGGAAACUGUCCUAUGCAGAUCGUAUGUGUAGAUGCGCAGAUGAAUGCGCUUGAGAUGAAUCGGUGA